AUGGCAUCCGCCGCAAACGGGACGACCACAAUUCCGACGGGAUCUCCGUGCGGUGCGUGCAAAUUUCUGCGGCGGAAGUGCGUCACCGACUGCGUGUUUGCGCCGUAUUUCUGCUCGGAACAAGGACCGGCUCGGUUCGCCGCCAUACAUAAGGUUUUCGGAGCAAGCAAUGUAUCGAAACUUCUGAUGAGAGUUCCUGUCUCCGACCGAUGCGAGACCGUCGUCACUGUUUUGUAUGAAGCUCAGGCCAGGCUCCGGGAUCCUGUCUACGGCUGCGUCGCCCAUGUCUUUGCUUUACAACAACAGGUGGCAUAUCUUCAAGGUCAUUUGAUGCAACUAAAGGCUCAUCUGGCAGCACAGAGCCUCACUAUGAAUAAUGAUGAUCAUGAUCACUACAUGAGUUACAAUCAUGAUCAGUUUCAAGUAGAUAUUGAUGACCAUACUAUGGCCGAGAUUCAAUCCUUACCGUCCAAUUGCAGUGGCAAUUACCCAUUAAUAACUAAUUCGUCGAUGAUGAAGCAUUCUUUCUCGUCGCAGUCUCUAACGUCGGAUUCAUUUGAGUCCGUUGAUCACGAAAGUUGUAGAUCGGACGGUAGACAUGAAUUCUCAAGGAAGAGAACAGCUUCACAGACAGAUUUGGGUGAGCUUCAAGCUAUAGCACUUAGAAUGAUGAGGAAUUGA